AGUAUUGCAAUAUAUCAUUAUAAUAAUUGUUGUGGCUUUUUGUCCGCAGUGCAUUUGUGACAUAAGCGAAUAAGCGCAGUGUUGCGCGUUAUUUUUUUUUCCUUAUUAUUAUUAUUUUUUUUUUUUUUCCAUAGAUCUCCUCCUAACCACGAUUUGCAUUAAACAUUAACAUACACAGUCAGUAUUGCAGAGGGCUGUAUGGUCUGUGGCAAUGAGAGCAGCAGCAACCAGACCAACGUGGAAAUAAAGGAGAGAUAUGAACCUGUGGACACAAUGAGCCCUCGAGUGUGAUCGUCCGCUCAGCCGCCUUUGUCCUACAGCCCCUCAUCGGAUCGCUCUGCUACUCCCGUCCCCUCACGAGACAGCCAUGGCUGGUGAGAAGGUACGUCGCAACGUGAUGGAUGCCCAGCGCUUGGCCAGCCUGCUGCAGCGCGGUGUGGAGCGCACGCUGGUCAUCGACAGCCGCACCUUCUCCGAAUACAACUCCUCCCACGUAUUGAACUCUGUCAAUGUGUGCUGCUCCAAACUGGUGAAGCGACGGCUCCAGCAGGACAAGGUGUCCAUCACUGAUCUCCUCCAGCCCAACUCCAAGAUCAAGAUGGAUGUGAAAAGGAAGCAGGAAGUGGUGGUGUAUGACCAGAGCACGCAGGAUGCCAGUCUGCUUGCCUCCGACAGCUUCGUCCUCAUCCUCCUGGGCAAACUGAACAGCAGCUUCCACCAGGUGUCGCUUCUCACAGGGGGCUUUGCUGCAUUUUCCUCCUGCUUCCCGGGGUUGUGUGAGGGAAAGCCAGCCGCCAUCUUGCCAAUGAGCAUCUCACAGCCUUGCUUGCCGGUCGCCAACGUUGGCCCCACGUGUAUCCUGCCACAUCUCUACCUGGGUUCACAGAAGGACGUCUUAAACAAGGAUUUGAUGGCACAGAAUGGCAUCACCUUUGUCCUGAAUGCUAGCAACUCAUGCCCGAAGCCGGACUUCAUCUCUGAGAGCCAUUUCAUGCGCAUUCCUGUCAACGAUAACUACUGUGAGAAGCUUUUGCCUUGGCUGGACAAAACCAAUGGGUUUAUUGAUAAAGCAAAGGUGUCCAAUUGUCGAGUGAUCGUGCAUUGCCUGGCUGGGAUCUCAAGGUCAGCUACCAUAGCCAUCGCCUAUAUCAUGAAGACCAUGGGCUUGUCCUCGGAUGAUGCAUACAGGUUUGUUAAAGACCGGAGACCCUCGAUAUCUCCCAACUUCAACUUCCUGGGGCAGCUGCUUGAGUACGAGAAGGACAUGAAGAAGCUGAAAGCCUGGUCCUCCAGUUCCAGCAAGCCCCAGCAGGAGAGGCAGGAGGUGGAGCCCGAGAAGGAGGAAGUGGAGACCGACAGCACCAACACCAACCAGAAGAACGGGCAUUUUACCUCAGGGGCUUCCGAAGCAAAGAAGGGCUCUGAGUCCCACCCCGAUCCAGAGAAAAGAGAGUCGAAGCUGGCCUCCCCCACCACGCUCCAGCAGGGUCUGAACGGCUUGCACCUGUCGGCCGAACGCAUCCUCGACACCAACCGGCUCAAGCGUUCCUUCUCCCUGGACAUCAAGUCUGCCUACUCCCCAAGCAAUUGUCCGCGGACGCCCACUGUCACGACUCCUAUGGACUCCGAAGAUGUCCCCAAACUUUAUAAGCUAGACAGCCCCAGCGGGAUCAAUGGAUUCUGCCAAUUCUCUCCGGUCCUUGAUAACCCCGGGGCGGCCGAGCCGAGCAGCGAGGCCAAGGUACGGCAGCGGAGAAAACCGAAGCAAAAUGGGAGUGCCGCGAGUCCAGUGUCUAGCUCCCCGGCCCACUCUUUAAGCUUGAACUUCAACAGGGCGGGCCCCAUGCACAGGAGCCCGAGCCUGGAUGACAAUCUGAAGACCUCGGUCUUGCUGGGCCUGGCCAACAGCCAUCAACCACUAGUAGGGUCCAACGGGAUGAAUGUGUGGAACAAGCACAGAGAAACGGUACAAGCCACAACCCCCAGCACUCCUACAGGCGAGAACCCUUGGUACUUUGGUACAGACUGUCAGCCUGCUCACGGGAGCAGCGGCAGUGGGAACUCCAUGCUGUUCGGCAGCAGCUCGACCUACACCUCGUUCAGCUGCAGCGGGCUCCCGAGCGGCUGUGAGGCAGUGCGGCUGCGGGACAAACCUCAGGAGCACCGAGACUCCAGGGGCAGCUGGCACGAGGACAGCAGCGGCACGGUGGACAAGCAGUUUAAGCGCAGAAGCUGCCAGAUGGAGUUUGAGGAGGGCAUCUCGGAGAACCGGUCCAGGGAAGACCUGGGCAAAAUAGGCAAACAGUCAAGCUUCUCCGGGAGCAUGGAAAUUAUCGAGGUCUCCUGACAGACGCGCAGAAGGAAGGGAACUAUUUAAUGGGGAAGGAUUUGGGGGGUAAGAGUGGGUGGGGUGAUUUAUUUAUACUUGUUUUGUUUUUAUGAUUUUUAAAAAGCAAAUGAACAGUCUUGAGCCUCUUGGCCUCUGAGUAUGCCAGGAAAAAGGGGAAGAAGCAGGGUUGCUAUGGUAAUCCACAACGGCCUCCACACAAAUAAAAUUUUUGCUGUACUGUUUCUUUGGGUUAUAUGGAUACCACACUGCCUCACAAUGCACACUAGAGUCAUGUGGUAUCCUGACCAUGGUAUACAGUGGUAUUUAAUUUAUGAAGGAUUCCUUGUUAAGGACAUUGAGGCCUGAGCUGACUUGUUCAUUAUUUGGUGAAACCGCGAUACGUACUGUAGCACAGUGCAGUACAAAGUGAGUGUUCCACAAUUUGACACGAGUUCACCAUUCUAAUUGGGCUUUUGUGUUUUAAAAGCUAAACAACAGCCACUCCUUUUUAUGAAUCAAGUUUAUCAAGUUUAUUCUGAGCAUGCUCAAAGCAGUGGGUUCCAUUUCAACAACGUGCUGCCGAGUCGCAGUGUCAAGCUUUAUUUGAAAUAUAUAUGGUAAAUUAUUUUACUGCAAUUUUAACUGACUUUUAAUAUUUCCUCCAGUAUAGUUUUAAUUUAAUUUAUUUUAUCUGUUCAUUCUGGCAAUGAGAAAUAAUAUAAUAUUGGUGGACUUUUUUUUUCCUUUUUCUCUCUCGCUCAUCCGUUUUACUGUAUGUGGUAUUUAUGAAAAACAAAAAACAUACAAAUUUCAAGCAAUACAAGGCAUAUAUGGGUUUUUAUUUCUGUCUGUGUCAACCCUGUAGACUUAGGGAAACAUCUGCCAUUAAAUGCACUUUGUUCUUCUCUAAGAAUCUUGAGCCACAUUCAGUUAACACUUGGAGCUGGCACAAUUGCAUACCCCAGACUCAAUGACAGAAUGGAAGCUUUACGUGUAGAAACUCAAGCUGCUGCCAGUGUGUUCAGUCAGUGGUACUAUUGGCUUCCCAAGCCAAGCAGUAACCUUGCCUCAGUUUUCACUAUCUUUGGAAACCCAUUCUAUUGCUGGGGUCUAAUCAGAAUGUUCCAAGCUAUGGUGAGGAGGACACACGUUUAUACCAUAUGAAUAUUUUGCAGCAUCAGAGCAUUGAUUGAGUUGAAUUUUUGUUGAUUUAUUCAAUGUCAUGUCCAUUCUAUGGUAUGACUACCAUCUCAUUCAGUUGAUUUUUUAUUUCAUUUUCUAUUUUUUUAUCCAUUUGGUAAACCUCAAUCUCUGUGGUAUAACCGUACUACACAAUGGCUUGCAGUAUGAAGCUGUUCAAGGCUUCAGACCGCUUCAAACGAGACUUGAUGCUGAUCCACACCCUUAGAUUGCAUGUUCUAAUCUGAUUACCCAAAGACGUGCUGAAUGUAGUCUCAGAGCAAGCAGGAAUAGGUCUCCUUUUAAUGGAACAAUCAGUACCCAAGUCAGUGUUCUGAAGUCUGCCGUUUUUCUUAGACACGAAAAAGGCAGACGCUCACUUUAGCCAUUAUUGCUACAUUAGUAACAUAAAGCAAAGUAAUUUCUAGAACAGUAAGCAAAUUCGAAGGGUGUUAACAGUCCAUUUGCAUCCCCCACUGCAGGCCAUGUGAUGUCCUCCAAGCCACACCUCUCAGUUCCCAUAGCAACAAGCUAUUUGAGGCCAUUUUGAAAAUUUUAAAGGGGGGAGGUUCAUUGGUGGGGUGGUAUCCAAUUAAAGUCACGACCCACAAAAAAAAAAAAAAAGGGUACAGACCCCUUCCCACCCCCUCAAAAGUACCCCAGCAAUGCGUUUCAUUGGGUGCUCCCAGUCACAACGCCUUCACAAGUAUUGGAAGUUCAGGUUCCUUAAUCCAAUGGGAUUGAUUCCUACUCUGCAAUGUUAUUGAUUCUCUAUGAUGGUUUUUCCUAAUUGUAACUUUGAACUUUUUUUUCUAAUGGAUGCUGUCAGCAAACAUCCCACCUUAUGUGCUCCUACUUUCAACAGAAGCCGUAAGACUACUCUUUUUCUUUCUGUUUCUUAUUUUUUAAUUAUUAUUAUUAUUAUUAUU